CCCGGAGCGGCUGCCGCAGGAGGCGGCUAUAUUAGGAAAGUGACCUCGGCGUGCUGCGGGGCGCCUCGCCUGCCUCGCCUUCUAUAGCCGCGCCGCGCUGCGCGGCCGCCUCCGCCGCGGCCCAUUGAGAAGUUCGCCCCGGCCGGGGGGCAGGCAGGCAGGCAGCGGGGGAGCGCUUGAGCCGCUGCGCGGGCCCGGAAGGGGAUCGCCGGGCACGUGUGGAUGCGCGUCGGGCGGCCCAGCCCCCCCAAAGACUAUCUCAGCCAUGAGCCGCAGGGUGGUGCGUCAGAGCAAAUUCCGGCAUGUCUUUGGACAGCCGGUCAAGGCGGACCAGAUGUAUGAAGACAUCCGGGUUUCUAAAGUGACGUGGGACAGCUCCUUCUGUGCCGUCAACCCCAAGUUUGUGGCCAUCAUUGUGGAGUCGGGGGGCGGGGGUGCCUUUAUGGUGCUUCCUUUAGCCAAGACAGGACGUGUGGACAAGAACUUUCCCUUGGUGACUGGGCAUACGGCCCCUGUGCUGGACAUCGACUGGUGCCCCCACAAUGACAACGUCAUCGCAAGUGCUUCCGAGGACACCACGGUCAUGGUAUGGCAGAUCCCAGAUUAUGUUCCGAUGCGCAACAUGACCGAACCCAUCGUCACACUGGAAGGGCAUUCCAAGCGUGUGGGCAUCCUUACCUGGCACCCCACAGCACGCAACAUCCUACUCAGUGCAGGGGGGGACAACAUGAUCAUCCUUUGGAACGUGGGGACUGGGGAGGCUCUCCUGACCUUGGACGACCUGCACACUGACCUCAUCUACAAUGUUUGCUGGAAUCGCAGCGGCAACCUCUUUGUCACCACCUGCAAGGACAAACACUUGCGCAUCAUCGACCCCCGGCAGCGCCUCGUGGUGGCCGAGAGGUUUGCGCCUCACGAAGGGAUGAGGCCCAUGCGGGCCGUCUUCACCCGCGAGGGACUGGUCUUCACCACGGGCUUCACUCGCAUGAGCCAGCGGGAGCUGGGCCUGUGGGAUCCGAAGAACUUUGAAGAACCAAUCGCCCUUCAGGAAAUGGACACGAGCAACGGGGUUCUCCUGCCCUUCUAUGACCCUGAUUCCAGCAUAGUCUAUCUGUGUGGCAAGGGGGACAGCAGCAUUCGUUAUUUUGAGAUCACGGAUGAGGCGCCCUACGUCCAUUACCUGAGCACUUACAGCAGCAAAGAGCCCCAGCGCGGCAUGGGAUUUAUGCCCAAGAGGGGGCUGGACGUCAGCAAGUGCGAAAUUGCCAGGUUUUACAAGAUGCAUGAACGCAAAUGUGAGCCCAUUGUUAUGACUGUGCCACGAAAGUCCGAUCUCUUCCAAGACGACUUGUAUCCCGACACGCCGGGCCCUGAGCCAGCGCUAGAGGCAGACGAAUGGCUGUCAGGCAAGGAUGCCGAGCCCAUCCUGGUCUCGCUACGUGACGGCUACGUCCCUGUCAAAAACCGGGAGCUCAAAGUCGUUAAAAAAAAUAUUCUAGAUAGUAAACCCCCCACAGGGCCACGCCGGAGCCAGUCCACUUGCGACUCCAAUUUUUCUCACUCAGCCCUGGAGGAGCUGCUGGAAGAGAUCCGAUCCUUGCGGCAAACAGUCCAGAUGCACGAGAAGCGAAUCUCCGACCUGGAAAACAAACUGUGCCAAUUCACAAACGGAACGGACUAGUGUCCUCCAGUGGCGCAUGGCACACUCCCUCUGGAGACCUGGAUUCCACUUCCCCGUGCAUCUUCCUCCUGGCGUCUCAGCAGCUUCCUCUCCCCUUGGCACAGCUGGCAAAGGCCCUUGGGGGUUGGAGGUCAAUUUUCUCUCUGCCCAGAGAAAGCAGAGCCCUGCCCCACCCCUUGGCUUGGAAUGAUCAUCUCCUGGCUUGGAAUCUAUCUCUGAUGGGUCUGGAUGGAGAAAAGGAGCAGACCUUCUUUGGGACACAUUCUCCUUGGUUGGGGAGAGGCCUGCUCCAACCUCUCAAGGGGUCAGCCAGGGGCCCAGUCGCCCAUGGAUGGGGAGGGGGGCAGGUUGGCCUGCUAGCCCUCUCUAAUCCAUUCUUUCUCUUUUCUCUGCUGGAAAUGGGUGGGUGGGGGACAUACCAUGUGUUUGUGUGAGUUUUGAGGUGCAGUGAAAGGGACAGUUGAGGCUGUAGAGUCUAUGGCAUUUGUACUGAACUGAAUGAUGUCUGAAGUGGGGGAGGGCGAGGGGGCUGGGAUCCGGGCCCUGCGGGCAGGGACACAUUGGCCAGGGGUGAGAGGAGCAAACCAGCUAUGCAUAAGAGUAGAGCGGUAAAGGAUGGCACAGAAAUGUUGGAUUCCUGAUGUCAUGUUGGGCUGUAAAAUAUCCAUGUACGCUCCUGUCCUCUGUAGCUUGGGUGGUGUGCUCGCCACAUGUGCCAGGGGUUGGAGGCCCAACCUGCUGUCUAUAGGAAAGGGGGGCAGCUGUUCUCUCCCUCUCCAUGGCCACAGGUCACACAUGGAAUAGAACCCAGUGCUUGCAAUGUUGGGCCACAGAGGACCUAUGGUUGCAUUGGCAGGUGCUGGGGCAGACGGGAAGAAGGGCCAGAGCUCAUUUGCAUUUGCUGAUUAAAUAUAUGCGCAUU